UGUGGAAGCCGUCACUAGCAGUUGAGGGAUGUGUGCACCCGCCCCCGGGGGGAAACUGAGACCAGCCCAGGCAGGAGGAGUGCCGAGGAGCUCAGAGCGAGCCAGUGGCGCGCUCCGGCCGGGCCGGCGUUCGUUCCGUGAACAACCUGCGGGAGGCACGGUGGGGGCCGGCCCCAGGGCUGGGCCCCGAGGGAGCGGAGGGGGCUUAAGUGGACGCGAUUGUUGCCUGCCUGGGGCGUCCAGCAGCAAGCACCGCCAUGCCAGCGAACGCACAGAUUCAAACCGGGACCGUCCCUUUGGGGGAGGCGGACACAGAUCUAAGGGGAGGCCAGGGGUAGGUCGGUGGUCAGGGAAGGCUUCCUGAGGGUGGUGGCCCGUGAGCUGCAGGGGCCGGAGGAAAUACAGCCCUAGGCAGAGGGCACAGCCCCAGGCGGAGGGGCCCCGCCUGAGUUGGCAAAGGGCUUGAGGCCAUGAGGCAGGUCCAGCCUUCAGGGCAGACAGGAGGCUUAAGCUGUGUCCAGUACCGUGAUGGGCAGACAGAACGCAACGUCUGCAUGGACUGCGCAGGCGCGCACGCCCCGCCUAUGCCCUAGGCUAGAUUUAAGUCAGGUGCAGAGAGAAAGUUGCAGGCAGGGCAGGUGCCAUGAAGGGGAGGAUAUUAGUAUGUUAUCUACGUGUAGGGUUCUCUAAACUUGUCGACUCUCAGGCUGACAUUCGUAAAGCUGUAUUUCUGGGCUCUCGUCUGUUCCAUUGAGAUGUGACAAUGGAUCAUCAUGUUUCCACCAUCAAACCUCGCAGAAUCCAGAACCAAAAUGUCAUCCACCGCUUGGAGCGCCGGCGCAUCAGCUCGGGCAAGGCAGGCACCCACUGGCACCAGGUCCGCGUGUUCCACCAGAACGUCUUCCCCAACUUCACAGUGGUCAACGUGGAAAAGCCGCCCUGUUUCUUGCGUAAAUUCUCACCCGACGGGCGCUACUUCAUUGCCUUCUCUUCAGACCAGACGUCUCUCGAGAUCUACGAGUACCAGGGCUGCCAGGCGGCCGAGGACCUGCUGCAGGGCUACGAGGGGGAGAUCCUGUCCAACGGCAAUGACCAGCGGUCGGUCAACAUCCGCGGGCGGCUCUUCGAGCGCUUUUUUGUCCUGCUGCACAUUACCAACGUGGCGGCCAACGGGGAGCACCUGAACCGGGAGUGCAGCCUGUUCACCGACGACUGCCGCUGUGUCAUCGUGGGCUCGGCCGCCUACCUUCCGGACGAGCCUCACCCCCCUUUCUAUGAGGUCUACCGGAACAGCGAGUCCGUGACCCCCAACCCGCGGUCCCCUCUGGAGGACUACUCCCUCCACAUCAUUGACCUCCACACGGGCCGCCUGUGUGACACGCGCACCUUCAAGUGUGAUAAAGUGGUCCUGUCCCACAACCAAGGGCUGUACUUGUACAAAAACAUCCUGGCCAUCUUGUCGGUGCAGCAGCAGACCAUCCACGUCUUCCAGGUGACGCCCGAGGGCACGUUCAUCGACGUGCGGACCAUUGGCCGCUUCUGCUAUGAGGACGACCUGCUCACCGUCUCCGCCCUUUUCCCCGAGGUUCAGCGGGACAGCCAGACGGGCAUGGCCAACCCCUUCAGGGACCCCUUCAUCAACUCCCUGAAGCACCGGCUGCUCGUCUACUUGUGGCGCCGGGCAGAGCAGGAUGGGAGCGCCAUGGCCAAGCGGCGCUUCUUCCAGUAUUUUGACCAACUGCGGCAGCUGCGCAUGUGGAAGAUGCAGCUUCUGGACGAGAACCACCUGUUUAUCAAGUACACGAGCGAGGACGUGGUCACCCUGCGGGUCACAGACCCGUCGCAGGCAUCUUUCUUUGUGGUGUACAACAUGGUGACCACAGAGGUGAUCGCGGUGUUCGAGAACACGUCCGACGAGCUCCUGGAGCUCUUCGAGAACUUCUGUGACCUCUUCCGGAACGCCACCCUGCACAGCGAAGUCCAGUUUCCCUGCUCAGCUUCCAGCAACAACUUUGCAAGGCAGAUCCAGCGCCGGUUUAAAGACACUAUUGUGAACGCCAAGUAUGGGGGGCACACGGAGGCCGUGCGCCGGCUGCUGGGCCAGCUCCCCAUCAGCGCCCAGUCCUACAGCGGCAGCCCCUACCUCGACCUGUCGCUCUUCAGCUACGAUGACAAGUGGGUGUCCGUCAUGGAGCGGCCCAAGACGUGUGGCGACCAUCCUAUCAGGAAGGACUGUGAAAGGCGCCAGAGGCCGUGGAUCCAGCAGCUGCUCUUGGGAGAAGGAAGUGUGUGUGCCAGCAUGGAAGAUAGUCAUCUGCCAGGAUUGCUUCCCUCCCUUGGGUUUUCUCCGGGGAACUGCUACAGCUGCAGGGGCUGGCGUAAUUGCAUGUUCUCGCGUGGAAGCAUGCGCCCAUCUGGGCCGUCUGUGCCGUGCAGGUGGGAGAGAGCAGCUCUGUGGCCACAGCAGAGACAAACGCUGUUUAGCACGUACUGCAGUUGGGGUAGUGGGAGCUGGCAAGCGCCAGUUGUCCCUCGAGGGAUCAGACUGGCUCUUCCUGGACGGUUGAGCCAUCACAGCUGCCCUGCAAACACCUGCCGGCCCCAGCCUGUCACAUUCUCAGCUGUCUCCUCCAGAGGGCUUGUCAGGCUGUUAGGUUUCAUCUUCAUAACGUGCCCAUUGUUCAUGUAGCAAGCUUGCCGGGUGACAUCUGAGUGUGAUGGUAGCUUUGGAAGGAGCCAUGGCUGCAGACAGCUGGCCCUGAACCCUUCAGCAGCCACAGCGACUUCCCUGGGGACCUAGGAAUGGGAGAGGAAAUGCCAAGCCCCAUCAAAACAUUUUGGCCGAUUUCAUCAUUGUCAUUUAGUUAGUACUCAACACAGGAUCUGACCACCUGUGUUCACCUGCGAGGAGUCAGGUAGGUGCUGUGGCAAGAUGUUGAGGAGAGAAAUAGGCGGAUGAAAGGAAUUACCAUGCAAAGCAGUGAAAGCCCCAGUACUGUCUGUAGGAGCAGUGGAGGGAUGAGGACGAGGCGAGGAGGAAAGCUGUGCUGGGGCGGGGUGCCCCUGGGUGAACGGGAGUGCAGUGUGUGAGCCCGGGCGGAGGACAUUGCAUGGAGAUCCAGCGUGUUCAAGGGCGGGGAAGCCUGCAGAGCGCUGACAAGAUUGUGGGGUGGCAAGC